AUCAAGUGUGCUAAAGUUUGGCAAUAAGUGCACCCAAUACAAUGACCUCUGGGUUUGCCAACGCAAGAAAAUAUUUACAUUUACAGCGCAGUAAUACACAAAAAUUUAGCCGCAGCUCUGCUAGUCCGUACUCUCCAGCAACAGAGUCCUCGGACAGUGCUCGUUCCCGUCAGCGUCGGUCUGACGUGGAGGUCUAUAGCAGCCGUCAUCCCAAGUCCAAGUCCGGUUUUUCGCAACGCCGACGCUCUUUCUCUGGAUCAGAGUCGCCGCCUGCGCGUCGUCACAAUUCCAACCGCCGCUUGUCCCGUGAUUAUCGCAUGCGUCAAGUACGCUCACAGGAUAAUCCACAAGCUAGUCGCUGCAUUGGUGUUUUUGGCCUGCACACCAAGACCACCCAGCUCAAGGUGCGCGAAUUGUUCAAUAAAUUCGGACCCAUCGAACGCAUCCAAAUGGUCAUCGAUGCUCAUACUCAUCGCUCUCGCGGCUUUUGCUUCAUUUACUAUGAGAAUAUCGGGGAUGCACGCGUUGCCAAGGAUGCCUGCACUGGCAUGGAUGUUGAUGGCCGUCGCAUUCGCGUCGAUUACUCUAUAACACAGCGCCCACACACACCCACGCCGGGUGUAUACAUGGGACGCCCUUCACGUGAGUCCCGUUCACGUCGCCGCAACCGCCGUGAUUCGUCAUCUGUGUCACCAAACGAAUCGAAGCGCCGCAAUUAUCGCAGUCGUCAACGCUACGAUCGCAGCUGCAGUCGCUCUCGCAGCUAUUCCCGUUCACGCUCACCACGCAAGCCAUCUCGCUACUCAUCGCAUUAUUAAUAUGCUUCUGCACACGAGGGUAUAGACUGAUUUCUUUUUGUUUUACAAUUCCCUGUAUAUUAGGCAGUGCUAGUAUAAACAAGCAGCACCUAGUUUUAGUCGAUAAUUAAUUCACCAAUAUCGUUUAUGUUGCACCCCUCGUGCAUUUUUGUAAAAUGUAGUGUAGCCAUCAAGAAAGCAACCGAUGUGGAUUUCGCGUCUCAUCCUUUAUCCAUCCAAUGGCGCGUAACACAAUUUGUGAUAUGUAUUUUAAAAGAAACGGCAUAAAUCGAUUCAAAAUAUACUAACAAAACUAA